AAUUCUAUUGGACAGAAGUGUUGUUUGAUGUGGUAUAAACACUCUUCAGCCAAGCCAACAGAUAGUGUUAAUGUUAAUAAUAAUAAGUGAUACUGUGAUAAAUGUAAACAUAGCGGUUUUUGUUUUCUAAUAACAUAAAACCAAGAUUUUUGAUAAAUGAAAUUUAUUUAAAUUAGCGAGGGCAUUAGAAGAUAAAAUGCCGACAGUAAUUUUACUGGACGUUUCGUUAUCAAUGUCACAACCAUUACCAGUUCCUGACACAGAUAAAAUUAGUUUAACAAGGAAUAACCUAGCUGUUCACGGAAUUAAUGCAUUUUUGGAUUAUUUGGCUACCUAUUCGAAAUUAGAAUUUGUUGCAUUGAUUGCUUUUUCGUCAUUAUAUGAGGUGGUGUGCGGAUUUACAAGAGACUACGAAACUAUUAAAACAAAAUUGUUACAAAUUGAAGAGUUUGAUAAAACUUGUAUUGAAACAGCUUUACAUGGUGUCAAUCAAUUGGUAUUAGGAGAAUGGGGAAACAAUACACCAUGCCAGGUUCUACUUGUUACGGAUGGAAAAACUGGCGUUGGUCCAUUAUCUUUGAAACAUUCUUUGUCGACUUGCAAUCAACGAGAUUUAAUAAAUCCAUUUCCAUUGCCAUUUUCUUUUCCAGGGAAAUUGAUUGUCUCAUUUAUAGCUACAGCUGAUGAUCCAUCAUUAGUGAUAAAUAAGAAGUAUUAUCAAAGAUUAGUAGACAUGGCUGGACCAGAUGGAACUUUAUAUAAACCAGAAGGGGUCGGUUUAGAAGCAUUAUCAUUAAAUAAUAUCACAACAACUUUUCAAAAAAUAGCAGAAGAAUGUUAUACUUCAUUUAAGGGCACAAUAUCAUGUGGAAACUUAACAUCACAGGUUUUCAUUUCUCCAGCUCCAAUGCCGUACACAAAAGUAACAGAUUUUACAAAAGAAAGAUUUACUGUAUCCCAUGAUAUCAAAAUUUGUGGAUUUAUAUCAGUAGCAGAUAUUGGUUCACCGAUGGCUAUCAGUAGACAUUUAGUAUUACCGCUUGCAAUCAAUAAUCAAGAGGGUAAUGCAGUUGUUAAAACUGAAUCGACGGGCGGCGAUACAAGUUCAGAAGGUGAAGAUUGUUUAAAUGAUGAGGGAAAAUAUCCAUCAUUUUGUGUACUUUUACAUGGAGCACUCAAAGUGGAAAAUGUUGCUGCUUUAGUUUUACUUAAUACAAAUUGGUAUGGAUUUCUUUAUUCAUGGGCAGAUACAAAAAAGAAAUCAAAUCUAAUGUUGACUGUAAUGAUGCCUGGUUCAACAUCCAUUCCAUGGUUGGGUGAUUUAAAUAAUUUAGGUGUACCAGAAAGUAAUAAUGGAGGUUCCGAUAUGUUAGCGCCACCAUUUCCCAUCAAACCAACAGACAAGAAAAGUUAUUCACAGAAUUGCGUUGUAUGGAUUAAACAAAGUGGACUUCAAUCUGAUAUUCAAAAGAUUUUACGACAUGCUCGAAAAUUACCAGAAAAGACUCAACAAUUUUAUAAGGAAUUAAAUCGAAUUCGAAGAGCAGCUAUUUCACUUGGUUUCAUGGAACUUUUGGAUGGUCUAGCAUUUAUUUUUGAACGUGAAUGUACAUUAUUACCUGGAAAUAUUCAUCCUGAUUGUACAAUGCAAUUAUCACAUGCAGCUAGUGAAUUACGUAAAGCUCAUAAUAGAGAUAUUAAAGUUAAUGUUAUGCCACUACAUACUAAAUUUUAAUCAAUAAUAAUCAAUCAAUCAAACUAUUCUUAAUAAAAGUAUUAAUAAUUCAAAAUAUAUAAG